AUGGCGCGGUGGUUGUCAUUCUUUGCGGAAUACAACUUUACGGUCGAGUACAAACCAGGACGACUUAAUGUCGUCGCUGAUGCACUCUCACGUCGUCCCGACUUUGAAACAGUCGCGAAACCCAACAGUGAGACAGCCACUGUUGCGGUUAUGACGUCCUCAGUUCCAUCUACAACGUUGUAUGAUGAUGUGAGGCGGGCGUACGCCCAAGAUGGUGAGAUUGUGAAGUUGUUGGCACUCUCUCACAACCAUCUCGAGAAUCGUUGA